AUGCCAGUCAUUCCUCGGACGCGCUCCAACUCGCCGGAGCGCACGUCGGAAUGCGGCGCUUCCUCCGCCCCGACUUACGAAAAUUGCGGCCAGAUGUUCGCCACUAGUUUGGGUGGAGUUGCGCUUUUUACUUCGACCGUUUACUGUACAGCUCAACAGUUCUUCAGAAAACCAACGGACAGAAUAACUACCCGCCGGUAUUGGGAGAGACUAAAGCGGCACAUUUUAGCGGGUUGGGCUACCCUCCCCACCACACCUGACUAUGCCACCAUCCCGGCCAGCAUCCGCAGCGAGCUGGAGUGCGUCACCAACAUCAGCCUGGCCAACAUCAUCCGGCAGCUGGGCAGCCUCAGCAAAUAUGCGGAGGACGUGUUCGGGGAGUUGUUUAUCCAGGCUGGGGCUUUUGCCACAAGAGUCAAUACGCUCGGGGAAAGAGUGGAUCGCCUGCAGGUUAAAGUCACCCAGCUGGACCCCAAAGAAGAAGAGGUCUCCCUGCAGGCCAUCACCACCCGUAAGGCUUUCCGCAGCAGUGCCACCCAGGACCAGCAGCUCUUCACCCGCCCGUCGCUGCCCAUGCCCGUACAGGACACCUACGUCACCUGCAACCCGCCGCCCCCCCUCAACCAGCUCAGCCAGUACCGUGAGGAUGGGAGGGAAGCCCUGAAGUUUUACACUGAUCCCUCCUACUUCUUUGACCUGUGGAAGGAGAAGAUGCUGCAGGACACCAAAGACAUCAUGAAGGAGAAACGCAAGCACAGAAAGGAGAAGAAGGACCACCUGAACCAGAGGACUCUCAAUCCUCGAAAAAUCAAGACCAGGAAGGAGGAAUGGGAACGGCGCAAGAUGGGAGAAGAGUUUGUCGAGCCAAAGAAUGAACUGAACUCCUCUGAGGGUCUGAACGGCAGCAUCGGGUCGGGGGAGGGCUUCCCCUCCGACGGUCUGGAGCUGAGCACCGGCUCCUACGCAUUGUGGUGUCAGAAAAAUGUUCUGUGCUGGCUUCUGGUGGACGGCGCGGUGGAGGUGGAGGUGCUGAUGAAGAGGAUGGUGGAGCUGCAGCAGCAGCAGGAGGAGGAGGAGUGCACGCAGGAGGAGAUGGUCACCCGCUUUGAGAGGGAGAGGAGUGAGAGCAUCCCGACAGGUACGAAACCCCCCCCCCAGACCGGCCCAGACUAG